GCUCUCCCCGCCUCCGGCCUCCGCCCUGGGGAGCUGGGCUGGCGGGCGGGGCCCCAGCCAAGGCCGCGCAGCCGGAGCGGGGAGCAGCAGCUGUUGCUGCGCCAACACUGUGGCCCGAGGCUCCGCUCGCCCCUGGUCUGAUCCAGCCCAAAGAUGAGCCUGCUGGUCCCUGUGGGGUGCAGCCCCAGCCUCCGGCUCUUCGCCUGCCUCCUCAGGCUGGGCACUCAGCAGGCCUGCCCACUUCAGCUGCACACGGGGGCCAGCCACGCUGCCAAGGACCACUAUGAGGUGCUGGUGCUGGGCGGGGGCAGCGGUGGGAUCACCAUGGCUGCCCGCAUGAGGAGGAGAGUGGGUGCAGAGAAUGUGGCCAUUGUUGAGCCCAGCGAGAGACAUUUCUACCAGCCAAUCUGGACACUGGUGGGGGCUGGUGCCAAAAAGUUGUCCUCAUCUGGUCGUCCUACAGCGAGUGUGAUUCCAUCUGGAGUAGAAUGGAUCAAAGCUAGAGUGGUUGAGCUGAACCCAGACAAGAACUGCAUCCACACAGACAAUGGCAAGGAGAUCUCCUACAAAUAUCUUAUUAUUGCUCUCGGAAUCCAGUUGGACUAUGAGAAGAUUAAAGGCCUACCUGAAGGUUUUGCUCAUCCCAAAAUAGGAUCCAAUUACUCAGUUAAGACAGUAGAGAAGACAUGGAAAGCUCUGCAGGAUUUCAAGGAGGGCAAUGCCAUCUUUACCUUCCCAAAUACUCCCGUUAAGUGUGCUGGAGCCCCACAGAAGAUCAUGUAUUUAUCAGAAGCGUAUUUCAGGAAGACAGGAAAACGAUCCAAGGCCAAUAUCAUUUUCAACACUUCUCUUGGAGCAAUUUUUGGGGUUAAGAAGUAUGCAGAUGCCCUGCAGGAGAUCAUCCAGAGCCGGAACCUCACUGUUAACUACAAGCAAAACCUCAUUGAAGUCCGAGCUGAUAAACAAGAGGCUGUUUUUGAGAACUUGGACAAACCUGGAGAGACCCAAGUGAUUUCAUAUGAAAUGCUUCAUGUCACACCACCAAUGGGCCCACCAGAUGUCCUCAAGACGAGUCCUGUGGCUGAUGCUGCUGGCUGGGUGGACGUGGAUAAAGAGACUCUACAGCAUAAGAGAUACCCAAAUGUAUUUGGGAUUGGGGACUGCACCAACCUUCCUACAUCAAAGACUGCUGCUGCAGUUGCUGCCCAGUCAGGAAUACUUGAUAAAACAAUUUCUCUGAUUAUGAAGAAUCAAACACCAGUGAAGAAGUAUGAUGGCUACACAUCGUGUCCACUGGUGACUGGCUACAGCCGCGUGAUUCUUGCGGAGUUUGACUACAGUGCUCAGCCGCUGGAAACCUUCCCCUUUGACCAGAGCAAAGAGCGGCUUUCCAUGUACCUCAUGAAGGCCGACAUGAUGCCUUUCCUGUAUUGGAAUUUGAUGCUACGAGGUUACUGGGGAGGACCAGCCUUUCUGCGGAAGUUGCUCCAUCUGGGUAUGAGUUAAGGAUGGCUCAACCCUUGCUCUCCUUGGACAGCUUCUGGAACCAAAUCACAGUCGUCUACUGACCAAGAGCAGCACGAAGGAUUUGGACCUGAAUCCUGCAAAGAGUUUACUCCUGGGUGAUGGUGACCAAAUGCUUCCUUUAUCAGUAUCUUGAAACGGUCACCAUGUGGGCUUCCCUAAAUGAGCUUGAUCUUUUACAAAUAUUCAAAUGAAAGGACAGACUUCUGUUUUCUAAAUAAAAGCUUGCUGUUGAUCAAGA